UCAGGGGCAGUCUGUUGGGCAGCACAAAAGACAUAAUCCCAUGGAUAUUAAUUGACAUCACUGUUAAGAACUAGAAGACGCACUUAAUUACCUAGUCUUAAAUUUUUUUUUCCGGUUUUUCUAAAAGUCCUAAUCUUUAAUUUAGUACAUUUUUAUUUGAGUUUAUUGAUUUCUCUCAAACAAUUUUGGUAAUUGAGUCAUUAUAUAGGAAUGACCUUCUGACCCCAAUGGUCUCAUUGUAUACUCUAUGGAGUCUUAAAAACUUAUUAACAAAUCAUACUUUUCAAGCGUUUCUUACAGUAGUAUUAUAUGUGAAUGUGUAUGGCCUGUUUUAAAGUCAUUUAUGUAAGUAGCAGCUAAGUGUUUGUGUCUCCUUGUUUGAACAGUUGUCAUCGUCUCAAUCAUGUUCACGCUGGUGGCAGUUUGUGCCGCCGUUCUUGGCGGCUUGAAUCUGUGCCUGGCCUCGUCGAAUCCGAGCCCCGAUGUUGUCACCCUGAUACGUUCAGCAUCACGAUUCUCGCAUAAGAUGUACAAGGAGCUGUCCAGCGACCUGAAAGUAGCCGUCUAUUCACCAUUUAGCGCCCAUGCUGCUCUGUCCAUGGCUUACCUGGGAGCUAGAGGCACUACAGCUGAUCAGAUGAAAUCUGUUCUACAGGUUGAGCUUUUAAAAAAUUUCAUUAAAAUUAUUCUUAUUCUUUUUAACAACGUUAAUAUUUACCAAAAGACUGGAAAAAGGGGGACACAAUGAAAUACAUUUAUUUAAUGUUUGUAUUGGGGAAAAAAGUGCAUUUUGGGAUUUGAAAGACUUUACAAUCACACUGAUAACAGGUAGAAUGUUGUAAAACAUCCCGUAUGUUUUUAUUUCCCCGAGCAACACCAUGCGAUCUUGUUGGCGUCACCUUUUGAAUAUUAUAAUUUAAAUCGAUUUUCAAAAUCAAUAAAUAUUAUACUGUUGUAGCUUUCAAGUUUACCGCUACCCCAUGAGGCGUACAAAAGUCUUCUUGAGAGCUUGAACUACGUCCAAGGUGUUGUGGUCUACACGGCUAAUGGAAUAUGGGUCAAUGAUCAGAUUAAACUACGUGAUGAUUACAAGGUGAGUACUUAUGUCUUCAAUGGUCUACUUAUAGUCAUCGUUCAUUCUGGGAGCACUUCAUUGAGAAUGUUACAUUGUGAUCUGGGAACACUUACGUGAGAAUGAGACAUUGUGAUCUAGGAACACUUCAUUGAGAAUGAGACAUUGUGAUCUGGGAACAGUUACGUGAGAAUGAGACAUUGUGAUCUGGGAACACUUACGUGAGAAUGAGACAUUGUGAUCUGGGAACACUUCAUUGAGAAUGAGACAUUGUGAUCUGGGAACAGUUACGUGAGAAUGAGACAUUGUGAUCUGGGAACACUUACGUGAGAAUGAGACAUUGUGAUCUGGGAACACUUACGUGAGAAUGAGACAUUGUGAUCUGGGAACAGUUACGUGAGAAUGAGACAUGUGAUCUGGGAAAACUUACGUGAGAAUGAGACAUUGUGAUCUGGGAACACUUAAGUCAGAAUUUUUCAUUGUGAUCUGGGCACACUUCAUUGAGAAUGUUACAUUGUGAUCUGGGCACACUUCAUAGAGAAUGUUACAUUGUGAUCUAGGCACACUUCAUUGAGAAUGUUACAUUGUGAUCUGGGCACACUUCAUUGAGAAUGUUACAUUGUGAUCUGGGCACACUUCAUUGAGAAUGUUUCUUUAUGAUCUGGGAACACUUAAGUAAGACUGCUACAAUGUGAUAUGGGAACUCGUAAGUACUCUGCUACAUUGUGGUCUGGGGACACUUGAGUGAGAAUGCGACGCUGUGAUCUGGGACCAGUUGAGUUUUUCAAGUUGAGCUAGUUUUAUGUUUUUCUUGUUUAAAUUGUCUGCUAAAGAAGGUGUUUAGCCGAAACUUCCUUUUAAUUCUUCUGUCUUUUUUUAAAAACCCUAAACACAUGUUAGUCCACUAUUUAUAUAAACAUAAAACAGAGCUUAAUAAAAUUAAGCGUUUGAUUACUUUCAAACUAUCUGUAUGUCAUUGAUAACCUUAUUUUAUCUAAAUAUAUUCGUUUCUUUUGUUUUUUUAGUUGUUAUUUUAAAGACAUCAUAGACAACAUUUUUCAGUGCUAGAUUGAAUAAAAAAUUCAUCACAGAUUGAUAUUACCUGUCUUUAUCAUUUGGAUGAAAUCUAUGCUUUUGAAGUAGUUUAUCUAUGCUUCUGUUUGUUCCUAGCAUACAUUAAUUACCUACCCGAGAAACUGACAUCACAGGCAAGACUGUUCGCAGAUGACACAGCAGUGUAUAGGACGAUCGCCAACAGAUCUGACCAGGACCAGCUACAACAGGAUCUCAAUCUGUUAGCUGAGUGGGAGAUGAGCUGGGACAUGGAAUUUCACCCUGUCAAGUGCCAGACACUAUCAGUCUCUAGAAGUUGUACUCCUCUACACUACCAAUACGAACUGCACGGCCAUAUACUUGAGCAAGUUUCCUCCGUAAAGUACCUGGGUGUUACCAUUCAAAGAGAGGUCCGCUGGGACGAGCAUAUUAACAAUGUAUGUAACCAAGCAAACAAGACCCUAGGGUUCUUAAGGUGAAAUCUAAAAAUUGGCAACUCCUGUGUGAAAGAAAGAGCAUAUAAAGCCUUUAUCCGUCCGAUUUUAGAUUAUGCAUCUUCAGUCUGUGACCCAUUUACCCAGAAGAGCAUUGACAGGUUGGAGGCGGUCCAGCGACGAGCAGCACGCUUUGUCCUAAACCGCUACAGGAAUACCUCAAGUGUUGGCAGCAUGCUAGAAACACUAGGCUGGUCACCAUUGGAGAAACGACGACGACAAUCCAGGCUCUCCAUGAUGUACAAGAUAAAUAAUGGGCUGGUCCACUGUUCCAGUAUUAAACAGAAACUCGUACCUCUCCCCCAUAGACAGCGACGAGGCCAUGACAGACAAUUCAGGCUCAUACCAGCAAGAAGCCAGUAUAGGAGCUGCUCAUUCCUGCCCAAGACAAUCAGGGACUGGAACAAUCUUUCAAAAGGAACGGUUGAGGCGACAACACUAGACACAUUUGUGUCUAUUGCCUCAAGCCUUCAAACCCCUAGUGCAUGAUUCCCUCAGUAAAAUUUCCUCAUCAACACCUGGAACAGAAACAUUGCAACUCCCAUCUACAUGCAUAGGAGCCAAAAGGAUCAAUACAUUGAUCAUGGGCCUUUAAGAUAUAGAAGAAGAAGAAACACUUUGAAUUUCUUUGGUCUGCUUCAGCUGCAUUCUUCAUUGAACUACUAGCGGCUGUGGGACAAAAAUGAAUCAUUUGCAUUGACGUCUUUUAUGGGAUGCCUUCGUUGUGUAGAAUAAAUAACAAGAAUCUAUGCAUAUAUAUGCGUUAAUGUUUGGUAACCACCACUUCAAUCCUUGAUCUAAUACAGGUCAGGUAGCUGUAGUUUUCCCUCACUCAACUAGAAUAAAUAAAUAUAUUUCUAUUCCACAGAGUAGUGUGGUCAACUUCUAUAACGCCACCGCAGAGCAAAUUAAUUUCUCUGCGCCGGGCGGCCCGCACGUGCCCAUCAACCAGUGGGUGGCCGACAGAACCGAUGACACCAUCAAGGACCUCCUGAAGGCCGAUGACAUCAAACCGUCCACCGCGGCGGUCCUCGUCAACGCACUUUACUUCAACGGCACCUGGAAGUUACCGUUCAACCCAGACAACACCUUCAAAGGCCAGUUCCAGAGCAGGGAACGAAUGGUCAUCGAGGCAGAUUUCAUGAACCGUGUCGGGAGAUUCGGCGUGAAGCUCUCCGCCGCCGGGAACGUGGACGUCGUGAAACUUCCCUUCACGAACGAGAACUUCUCGUUCUACAUCGUCCUACCGCGGGACAUCACAGAUUUCCCAUCGCUCGAAAGCAGAAUAAGUGGCGACGACUUUGACGACAGCGUCUUCUUCACCGACGUCAGACCAAAGUACGUUAACUUGACCCUGCCCAAGUUCAGCAUCACGGCCACCCUGAACCUGAAGAACCCUUUAAGCAAUCUAGGAAUGCCCAUCGCCUUCUCAAAGGACGCCGAUUUUUCGGGAAUCGCCGACGCUGGUCUUCUAAUAACGGAUGUCGUACAGAAAGCUGUGAUUGAAGUUGUUGAGACGGGGACCGUGGCAACUGCUGCCAGUUUCGUGGAUGUGGGAAUCAAAAGUGGAUAUGGAUUUGAGGAUCCCUAUAAAAUCGUGGCCGAUCGCCCGUUCAUUUUUUACAUUAGAGAUGACGACAACGGGCUAAUUCUGUUCCAAGGCAAACAGACCGACCCUACAACGAAUACAGUUGAAAAUUAAGAAAUAUAAUGUCCACUACUUUUUGGCGUUCUCCAGUAUUUAAGUAUUAAAAUAUUAUUGAAUUUUUCUUAGAAAUUAUUGAAAAAUAAAGCAGUCAUUGUGGUCAAACAAAAUUUCAAAUUAGAUCUUUCUUAAUGUUUUUUUAAUUACUUAUUAUUUUUAAAAUGUAUAAUAAUCGUCACAUUAAACUGCGUACGUUUUCUUUAUUAUCAAAACAUUUGUACGGUGCACUAUGCUAUAAAUAGCGAGUUGUCACGGUACACUAUAGUACGAUUAUUGGCAAUUAUUAUUUUUUUGGCAACACUAUAAAAAAAGUCGCUGGAAUCUAUCACGGUACACAACUCUGUUGUAGCACACCCUUUGAGAAUCACUGAUUUUAAAUUCCUUUUUUUUUAAAACUAUGGUAACUUAAAUAGGUUAUCUUAACAUUCUGGUGAAAAUGGAUUUUUUUAAAAAUCUGGACUCAGUAGUAAGAGGUAAGAACAACUGAAAACAAUCAAUACGAUCUUACAGCUUGUAAUGAAGCAGUG